AUGGCUACUAUGCAAAAGGUCUUUGCUGCCUACCAGGCUAGGCAACUCAGCCUUGCAACCAGCACCCAUCCUUUUGCUCAGGGUGUAGCCUGGGUUGAUGGGGAGCUUUUCCCACUCCACGAAGCCCGCAUUCCCAUACUCGACCAAGGUUUUAUGCAUAGCGAUCUCACAUAUGAUGUCCCCUCCGUUUGGGAUGGCCGGUUCUUCCGCCUGGAUGACCACAUUGCGCGAUUAGAAGCGAGUUGUACGAAGCUUCGCCUCGUGCUACCUCUUCCCCGUGAAGAGGUAAAACGUAUUCUUGUCGAUAUGGUCGCCCAGUCGGGUAUUCGUGAUGCCUUUGUCGAGAUUAUUGUCACUCGGGGCCUUAAGGGUGUCCGCGGCAGCGACCCAAGAGAUAUCGUUAACCGUCUCUACAUGUUUAUUCAGCCCUACGUAUGGGUUAUGGAGCCAGAGAUCCAACCUGUCGGUGGGAGUGCUAUCAUCGCCCGAUCAGUACGUCGCACCCCACCAGGCUCAAUGGACCCCACCGUGAAGAAUUUGCAAUGGGGCGACCUGGUCCGGGGAUUGUUCGAGGCAUCCGAUCGCGGUGCCACUUAUCCAUUUCUGACCGACGGCGACACGAAUCUGACAGAAGGAUCUGGCUUUAACGUUGUUUUGGUGAAGGACGGUACCCUCUACACUCCUUCGCGCGGAGUCCUCGAAGGUAUCACACGAAAGAGUGUUAUCGAUGCUGCUAAGAUCAACGGGUUCGAAAUAAACGUGCAGAUUGUCCCAGUUCAAAUGACUUACGACGCGGACGAGAUUUUCAUGUGCACAACGGCUGGUGGGAUUAUGCCAAUCACUAGUCUGGAUGGCCAGUUGGUGAAUGGGGGAAAACUCGGACCUAUCACAAAGAAGAUUUGGGAUACCUACUGGGCGAUGCACUAUGAACCUGCUUAUAGCUUCCAAAUUGCCUAUCCAGAGGAUUCCGGGAAACUGACGAACGGAUGCGAUCAUUAG